AUGGGGCUUGCUUGGUUACAAUCUCACCAAAAUUCGCCUAUGGCUUUCUUUAGCACCGCUCUGGUCUCCAGUUUUCCAUCAUCAUCAAUACCUGAAUCUGCAGCUCUUUUUACCGCACUCUUGACUGCCCCUCCAAAUUGCAAAGUCAGAGUCUAUACUGACUCAGCUAUUAUCACAUCACAAUUCAACAAAUUAAGUUUCCUCAAGAAGCAGUCUCCUUCUUUUAGACCUUUUCUAAAAAUCAAUAACUCUGUGUUUUGGUCCUGUCUUUUUGAAGUAAUCUCAGAGCAUAACCUGGAUGUCUAUUUAAUAAAAAUCAAAGCGCACUCAAACAAUCUCUUGAACAACAAGGUAGACGCUAUAGCAAAGGAUGCUCUUAUCCUCCCAGCCUUGCAACUUAACUUGACGGCCGCUCCACAGAGCUUCGCUAACUGCAAAAACCAACCUAUUCUUAUCCCGAUCAGACAUAUUGUAAAGGAGAUCUUCUGGCAUAAGCACCUACAACAAAUAUUAUCCUUGCAUGUAGUAAACAAAUAUCACCUAUUCUUCAGAAUUAAUUG